AUCAGAAUAAUGUUGUUUUCGAUUCCCCAACAUACACACUUUAGCAGCUACCUAAAUUGAAAUCAGAAGAAUGCCAUUUGAUGGAGACGACUUCAAAGACUUUAAAGAACUAAAAAAGAUACCGAAGCGAAGCAAAAAGUACAUUUAUGUUGGUAUUGCGGUCACUGUCAUACCAGGCAUUUUAUUAGGCGGCUAUAUUGGCAAAAAGCUGGCACAAUUCCUUGAGGUAUUCGAUUUGUAUGCGCCCGAUAUUUCGGAAGAUGAUGAAUAGAAUAACCAUGGCACAGAUUGAUCUACGACAUGGAAAACCUGGCAAAGAAUUUGGAGCAAACCUGUGCACAUCCUGUUCGUAUAUAUGCUAAUGGGCCACAUCAAACAGGCCAAACGGGAAGCUACGAAAAGAAAACAUAUCGCAAGCAACUUACCAGACCGGUAACCAAAAUCAAAACCAGAUCAAUUGAAUCAUAAUUAUUCCAUCGUGUUCAAAAUCAAACAAAUG